CUCCGCGGUGGAGCCUCACGCCAACUCUACGUCUGUGACGUCUGUAUCACGUGUCCAUCUCUUCUCUCGGUACGUCUGCCUUAUUUUCCUCCUCUGCCUUGUGUCUGAUAAACCGAGAGCACCAGUCGCAAAACAAGCGCAGCACACGAACACCGUGGGCCCGGUGUCACGCUGAUCCCAGUCGGGUUUCAGAAGAGACCCUUUACCCAAGUUCCCAUCAGCUGCGCCCCCGCCUCCUCUACGCACCGCUCUGAGCCCGUAGCGCUGGAAACUUUUCACAAAUCAGCGCCAGAAGCGACCCAAUACAAAGCCAGGAUGGUCUCUAGACUGCAAUGAGCGAAUUGACCUGUGCUGUGAACAUGCCCUCCCAUCCUCCAACCCCCACAGCUGGUCUACAGUGAACCAGAAACCGGUCUGUAUUCUCACUCACACCCUCCUGACGACGAGCUGGUCACGACAUGGCCAGCAAAAGGAAGUCCUCUACUCCUUGCAUGAUCCCUAGCAAGGCCCUACGCCCCACAGAUGAAGCAGACCAGGAUUCUCCCAUUUAUCUGGGACCAUCUAGGAGUUUGGACAUUGAUCAAAAUAUCUCCCUGGAUGCUAGUGAGAAGGCAGAAACAACUGAGGAGAAAGAUGGCACUUAUACCUGUCGACCUUGUAACUUUGAAACCCAGGAUCUUAACUUGUUUUUGGACCAUGUAUACAGUGGGCACCCUGAUUUCCGUGCGGACCCCAGCUUCCUUUGCCUCACCUGUGGGAUUUCGUCAGCUAAGUUUGAAGGGUUAGCGCUUCACAAUGCCCGGGUUCACCCCAGCACUUUGAAUACCACUCUGCAACUGAAAAUGAAGGACAAAAGAGUUGUGGUGGAGCAGACUUUACUCAGCAGGACAGAGACUGGAAAAGAUGUUGAAAUUGCAAUUACAAAAACACCUAUUAUGAGAAUGCUCAAGGGCAAAUCUGAGCCUAAAAAGAUAGUGGUGUCACACACUGUAUCAGAUGAAGCAGAAUCACUUCCUGGGGCAAGAGAGACUGACCGGAAAGACAGUACUACAGCAGUAAAUGUUAGUCAUGUCUCCACUCUGGUCCAGAAUGGCACAGCUAAAGCCAUGCCCUCUGCUAUACAGAUAGUCAAUGGGUCUGGAGCCUUACCAGUGCUUAAGACGCCUAUAACUCAAGUGGUGUCUGUGGUUCAGAACAAAAAUGUGAAUCACUCCACACCUGUUACUGCAUCGAAUGUGUCCUCUUCAUCAUCACAGUCUUCUAAAAACCUUCCUAAGGUGAUGAUUCCUUUAAGCAGUAUUCCGACAUAUAGUGCCUCUAUGGAUGAAUCAUCCUUCCUGAAGACCUCUUUUAACAAGUUCCCAUAUCCUACAAAGGCUGAGCUCUGCUACCUGACUGUGGUUACCAAGUUUCCAGAGGAGCAGAUUAAGAUUUGGUUCACUGCUCAGAGGCUGAAGCAGGGCAUCAGCUGGUCUCCAGAGGAAAUUGAAGAGGCCAGAAGGAAGAUGUUCAAUACAAUAAUCCAGACAGCACCAGCCAGUUCACCAAGCCUCACUAGCCCAGCUCAGCACACCAUUGCCGUUCUGCCUGCGUCACUGGGGGCCACUGGCCUGCCUCAAAUCCUCCAAGGGUCUUUAGUCAGCCAAGGGGGGGUGAUUGUCACACAACCCGUGAUGGCCAAUGGUAUUCAGGUUAGCAGCGCUCCAGUGGCCCUCGCUGUUACACCCAAGCCACAAGCAGCUGCCCGCCCCAUGAUGCAAGCUCGCCCUGCUGCCGCCCUGGUGGCAGACAAGGGUAUUAGUAUGGUGGUAGGGACUGUGGGCAGCAGCAGUGCAGGGACUAAUGUUAUUAGUCCCAGUAAGAGAAAUGGAUCCAGCACUGUCAGUAAUAGUCAAGCAAGUGUCAUCAAUCUUAGUUUAGGUAGCAGCAAUCGUGCAAAAAAUAAUAAUAUCAAUGGUAAACAUAGUAAUUUAGAGUCCCAAAAUAAAAGCAAUUGUAAGAAUAGCAGCGAUGGUAAAAAUACCAAAUCCAACAGUCCUAGUGUUUUACAAAAUGACAGCACAGACACUACGAGCAAAGAUACACAUGGCACAAAUAUUGAUGGUUUCCACUCCUCUGCCAGUAAUUCUCCAAGCAUCAAAAUGGAGGACGCUGCAUCACCUGCCUCCAAAUCUUCCUCGCCCUCUCCUGCAGCUUCCUCCAGCUCAAUCUCUGGUUCCAAAACCCCUGUCAACCCUUUUUUGGACCCCAGCUUUUACAAGGGCAAGAAGUCACAAGAACAGCUCAGUGCUUUGAAAGAUAGUUUUCUGAUCAACCAGUUCCCUGACCAGGAAGAAGUGGAUAGGCUUAUUGCUUUGACUGGACUCACAGUCAGGGAAGUCAGAAAAUGGUUCAGUGACAGACGCUACCACUUGCGUAAUCUCAAAGGGUCAAAGGGUACUUCAGGAGGACAGGGCAAAGACAAGACUUCAGCUAGUUCUCCAAAUACACCGGGGAAUGGCACAGCUAACAGUGGUACCCCUCUGGAUCUCUCGGAUACUAGUGGCACACCAGAUGGUAAAUCAGCCCAGAAUACAGCUGCCCCUCAGAGCCCACCACCAUCACAAACUCCGACCUCUCCCACCACGCCCUCCAGACGAGCCCCCAGACCACCAUCUCCAGACUUCACAGCAAUACGCUACAAAGAGAGAGAACCGCAUCAGGUGAAAGCAUUGGAGGCAAGUUUUUCCCAAGACCCAGACCCGUCCAACGAAGAGGUAGACAGACUCCGAGCUGAAACUAAAAUGACCAGACGUGAGAUCCAUGGCUGGUUUACUGAACGGAGGAAACGUGUAGCAGCUGAGAAAAAGAGGGAGGAUGAGGAGCGGGCCAUCAGGGAGGAGGAAGAGGAUGAGGAGGAUGAAGAAAAGCCUAAAGUCAAUCCAAUAAAAAUCAAUCUUAAAAUGUUAAAGGUGACUGAAGCGAAACAGGAUGGUGAGGCUUCUGAUACCCCUCCUGUUAAUUUACACAACACACCAUCAUCAUCGCCAGGUCCAACGCAAUCCUCGAAACACUCCUCCACUACACCCAAAACAAUUGUGUCUCCCAAACCUGCAGCUUAUAGAGGCAAGAAGAACCCUGAGCAGCUGCAUAUGUUAAAAGAGGUCUACGCCAGGACACAGUGGCCCAGUGCUACCCAGUAUGAUGAACUGAUCUCGGGUACAGGACUGCCCAGGCCUGAGGUGGUCCGCUGGUUCGGAGAUUGUAGAUAUGUACAGAAGAACGGACAGCUCAAGUGGCUGGAGACGUACCAACGCACUGCGCUGAGUGACGAUUUGCAGAAAGGAAAUGAACAGGCUCUGCAGGCACAUCUCGACAACUACGGCCGGCUGAACGAGUCUGAGCUUGAAGAGUUGAUAGAAGCCAGUGGUUUGACGAGCGAUCUGGUGAAAUACUGGUUUUCCACCAAAGCCUCUUCUGUCCCGCCGCCCCAAACAGAGAACACAAAACCUGUUGUACCGGGUUCAACAUCAUCAGACACCCAGCUGCCAGGGUCCGCAUCCCCUCUGGAGCCACAGCCGGGAGCAGGAAAUGAGGAGAAGAUGGAGCAAUCUGUGUGUGGUGUGUCCAAAGCUGGCGAAUAAGAAUCUGAAAUAACAUGAAGUAGUCUAUGUGCUUUGGAAAAGAAGUGUGGCUGAUCAGAUGUUACACAUUGCAGGUGUUGUGAUAGUGGCCCCUGUUAGUGUGUGUAAGAGGCAGUCUAUGAGCCAGCAACCCGUGUGGCAGAAACAAGAAAAAUGGGCAGUCAUAAGGACCUGAAGUGCUUAAUGCUGAAUACAGUGUCACUGCUGUGCAUAUGGGGUCACAAAUUUAUAAAUGUGUGGUCAUAAUGUUAUGAUUAGUGUCAUUAGUCAGAAUGCAAUAAUUAAAAUUCUAAUUUUUUGGUAUAUUUUAUGACAAGGUUAGUAGAAAAUAAAACAUUCUGUUAGCACUGUGGAAGAACAUUUUGGUAAGGCAUUUGUUUUAGUUGAAACUACUUAGCAGGUAGUCUUUAUACCUAAAUCUGAAGCCACAAUCACAGCUGCUGUUGUAACCGGAUAACUUGGCAAAAAUGAAAAUGGGAGAAAUGGUCUUCUACUACUUAUUGGCAAACAACAUCGUCAAUUUCCCAAUUUUUGGUAAUUUUUUCAACCAAAGAAAAUUUCAGAAAUUUGCAGAGUGACAUAACACUCAUCCUUUGCGGUUUGUCCUGGUGUGACAGAAAAUUAGAUGAUGGAAAUGUAGUUAUUAAAGGCUUAAGGAGCCCUAUAGACACAUACUGUACAUACUGCUCAUUGGGUUAGGGUGCUUGCCUUAAUGUUAACCAGUAUCAUCUGUUGUUUUUUUUGCACUCAAUCACUUUGAAACCAUGCUUGCAGCCUUUCUGAAUGUGCCGACAUGUGAAACAGCAGCACUGAUUUCAUUUCUGGGCCUGGAAGCUUUUUGAAUAAAUUUGUUUAAUACCCAUCCUUCAAAGAUGUACAUAUUUUUGGUAAAGA